CGACGUGUCGUAGAUCUUUCGUUCCAAUUGGCCAGAAACUGCCGAGUUCCGGUUAACCUCGCCAACCCCCAUCGGUCCGUAUAAAACCGCGGUGCGAGACAAAGCCCGAUCCAGUCCAGCUGAUCCGACCCAGAUAGGUUACUGCUGCAUGUAAACUCUCCCGACAUAGGCGUCAGGAUCCCAGACUGACUGCGGAGGUUUAAACUCCUGGGACGCGAAUGAAGAAACUUCUCCUGCUUCACUUCACAUACAGAGGUUUAGUGAGAAAAGGGAAAAAGAGUAAAAGAAGAAAAUGGACCGUUUUAAAUUGCGGAAAGCAGAACCCAAAGAUGUGCCUGACAUUCUGCGACUCAUAAAGGAACUGGCUAAAUAUGAAGACAUGGAAGAUCAAGUGAUACUGACUGAGAAAGAUCUACUUGAGGACGGAUUUGGGGACCACCCAUUUUACCACUGCCUGGUGGCAGAAGACCCCAGUGAGCAGAGCAACAACAAUGGUCCUGUGGUAAUUGGCUUUGCCAUGUACUACUUCACCUAUGACCCCUGGAUCGGCAAGCUGCUUUACCUGGAAGACUUCUUCGUCAUGAAAGAGUACAGGGGUAAGCACAAACACUUCCCCUCUGACCUGACCAAUAACCAUAAACUUUCAUCCUCCGUCCAUUUUUACUGCUUUCCCAUUGUCUUCUCUCUUUUUCCACCAGGGUUUGGCAUCGGCUCAGAGAUCCUCAAGCUCCUCAGUCAUACGGCGGUCAAGUCUCGCUGCAGCAGCAUGCACUUCAUCGUCGCCGAGGGCAACCAGGCGUCGAUAGAGUUCUACAAGCGUCGCGGCGCCGCAGACCUCUCUCUGGAGGAGGGAUGGAGACUCUUCAAGAUCGACAAGAGCUCUCUCCUCAAGAUGUCAUCCGGCCCCGAAGAGUGAGCUGGCCCAGAGACACAGAAAAAGAUGGGGAUUGGAGUGAGAGACUUGGGGUCAAUUUCAAUUCAGUUAAUUAUUUGCCUGUCUCUCACUUCAGCAGUGGGGUGUGUGACUACUGACAAUAGAUAAAUAUUUUUAAAAAGGGGCAUUAAACAUUACUAAUCACUUCAUUUAGGGUUCAUGAAUACUUAUUUUAAUAGAUCAAAUAUUUUAUCUAAAGCCAUCAUUUUAGUAGUUGAUGUAGUUUUUAGUUUAUUCUGCUAAUCAACAAACCUUAAAGCCUUUUGUGUAGGAAUCCUAUCUAGAACCUGAAAGGGUGUAGCGUGCUCCAUUUCCUUAUAGACCAAUCUAGGUAACUAAUCCUAAAUUAUAGUAAUUUGUAGUUUUAAUGUGUUUAUGUUUUUGCAAUUAAAAGAUUCAGAGCGUA